UUUUGUAAUCGUCAUCUGCGCAUAGUAUUUGCGCAGCAAGAUAAACUUCCGGUGCCGGGUAGCCAAAUUUUUCGAAGAACACAAAUUUCUGUUAAAGAAGAGUUGAUCGUCGGAAAUCAUGGGCUUUUUGACAGGAACCUCAAGUAGGGCCCGUAUCGUCAGAGUGGUCCUUAAAUCUCACCGGAUCUUGACCUUCCUGUGUUAUUUUGGAGGAAUUGCUGGCUUCUUGGCGAUGGCAUAUUUUCCUUUCAACAAUAGGACAUAUUUCUCGGAAAAUGCUUUGCUACAAGGUCUGGUUGAUGAUAACUUCAAUCUCCCUGCAGAUGCUAAGACCUACUAUGAUCAGUUCAUGGAGGAGGUCAAGAAAACUGACAGCGAAAUCCCGCACAAGUGGCUGAAAUCAAAGUUCCGGGAAAUAGGAUUGGACACCUACACUCAGACAUACCACUUUAAAUUCCCAUAUGGGAUUUAUGGGGCACAGAUGACAGAAGGCUAUAAUGUCUAUGGAAUUCUCCGAGCCCCAAAGGCUGCCAGCACAGAAGCCGUAGUGUUAUCUGCCCCGUACAGAAGACCAGAAAGUGCUCUUCCCCCUAAUUUUGCUGGAGUGGCCCUCAUGUAUGCCUUGGCAAAAUAUUUCAGAAGGCACACAUACUGGGCUAAGGACAUCAUUUUCCUGGUGACUGACCAUGAGCAGAUUGGAAUGCAGGCUUGGUUGGAUGGAUAUCACAAUACUGAGAAUGAAUACAUCUUCCCUGGAGAGUUCAAAGGUCACAGUGGAUCCAUCCAAGCAGCCAUCAAUCUCGAGAUUCAGACACCAAACAUCAGGAAUUUCGACUUUCGUAUUCAUGGUCUGAACGGGCAACUCCCAAACCUGGAUCUGGUCAACUUAGCUAUCUAUCUUUGUGAGAAACAUGGUGUGCCUCACACGCUACACAAUCGGGGUGACCACAGGAACCCAGUCUCCACCAAUGGCUACUUCCAUUCACUGAAGACCUACACGCUGAUGAUGUGGAACCAGGCCCAUUGUGCUCCAUCCGGUAACCAUGGCUUGUUCCAUAGAUACAGAAUAGAGGCCUUGACCUUGAGUGGGAUCAAAAAUGAUCGAAGGCGGGGAGGAAUUGGAUUUGCUAACAUGGGCAAGGUUAUUGAGGGUAUAUUCCGCAGUUUGAACAACUUGUUGGAACGAUUCCAUCAGUCGUUCUUCUUCUAUCUCCUGCCAGCUUCGCAUCGUUACGUCUCCAUUGGCAACUACAUGCCAGGUUUUGGAGUUCUAGGUGCUACAGUUGUCAUUGAGGCAUUCGCUAUGUGGCUCUCGAGUGGUGACAUCGAAGACAAGCAAGGCAAAGAGAAUGGUGAUGGAGACAAGAAGGGCAAGAAGGAGAAGAAAUCUGAGGUCGCUGAGGACAACAAGGAGUCCCCAACUCUCUUCAACCUCAUUCCCACUGUCCUUAUGAGCCAACUAUUCGGACUGGUUGCCUAUUUUGGUCCUAACUUUGCGGUCUGGGCAUCGAAGAAGCUACAAUUGGCUCCGGAUGAGGGACUCGCAUUGAGUGUGACAGCCCUGCAGGCAUCUGCCAUGAUGUUUCCUUUAUUGUUGAGAAGGAGAGCUAAUAAGAAUGGCAUGGCACCCCUGAUAGGAUGGAGGUUGUUAAAGUCUGUAGCGCUGCUCUUUCUCGGCGUAAUACUCUUCUCGGUGUCAGUCAUGAACAUAUCGCUGGCGUUCUUCCUGGCCGUCACAAUUAUUCCCGCUGCCAUUAUUGUCAGGCCUUGCCAAAGCAGGAUCCUCCUUGUCCUCCAAGGGCUGUUCCUCCUUCUGUCAUCACCCGUUGUGCUGAUAUUCCUCGCCAACUUAAUCCAAACAGCUCUGACCUUGAACCCUGUGGCGGCGGCAGCUUUACGACCAGAUGGAAACCUAUUCACCGAGGCUUGGCUCAGUUUUCAACACGGUGUGUUCUGGACAGUCAUCGAUGGACAUUUGUUCGGCAACUGGUUGUUUAGUUUAAUGGUGUUUGCCGUGUUCCCGUGUUGGUUGCUGUUCUGGGCAGUACUGUGGGGAAAUGUUUAGAUACGGUAAUGAUUCUAUUGUUUCACUAGCAAAAAGGGCCGUUUGUUAUCAACAAGGGGAAGACCAAGAUAUGCACUCUUCGUAACACUAGAAGCUGCACAGGUGCUUGUUCAUGCACAUGUGCUUGUUACAUUCUAAAAAAACCUGUGGUUUAAGAAUGGGGAUACAACAUUAAGUGAAAUACUUCAAAGGUCACAUGUCCUGUUGGAAUUUGCCCAAUGGGUUUAUUCAGAUUCAGAUUUAGAUUUUGUAAGUGGUGUAGUGUCCACAAACAUUGAACAACAGACUUUUUGAAAAGUUUUCACAUGCAUUUCUGCCUGGCUGUGUAACAUGAACGAAAAAACUGCCUGGAGGGAGUAGCUUCAAAAGCAAUAUCUUUAUUGUGUCAUGAUCUACCUUUCUAGUAAGUGGGAUGAAUCAAAUUUGAAAUGCUUGUAGGGUUUAGGUUAGCUUUAAAUUUAAAUGAUAAAAUAUCAAAGUCGGACUUGAUAUAGAUUUGAAUUGUAGAAAUCCGUACCUGGUUGUUCAAAAGCACUGGUCUUGUAAGAUGCUGUUUUUGUUUGACAAAAUGUACAUUCCUUAUUUUGUUAUGCCAAUAUCUCUAUAUCACGU